AUGAAUGGGAAUUGUAGGCCCCUUGGAAAAUGGGUAGCACAUCUUGUGGGUAAAGAUGUGAACCUCUACAGACUGUCGUCCAGCCCCCGCCCCUGCUCCCCCACGCUGCGCGCGUCCGUGAUACCGGGGAUCUGCAACCCCCCAUCCCCUAGCCCCCUCCCCGUCCCUGCUCCCCCCACGCUGCGCGCGUUCGUGAUGCCAGGGAUCCAUCUCCUCUCCCCCAUCUCUCCUGUACGCACUCUCUCUCUCCUCCCCAAGCUGCUGACUGGCUCGCGAAGUCGCCAAGGGAUCAAUCGAGAUCUAAUCUCGUUUCUGAGAUGGGUGCAUCUACCGCCAUGGGAGCGCUCGAGCAGGCCCACCUCGCGGCCGUCGCUUCCGCAUGCGAUGAUGAUGAGCAAAACGACGCCGCAGGCCUUGCACGACGGCGACGAACCCGUCGACACCGCGUCGCCGGCGACGAGCCCCGACGGGGAUGCCACGAAGCAGCAGGACUGCGCGUCCUCCGCCACGCCGCAUUCUCCUCCGCCGGCAGCGGCGACGGCGGGCUGCUGGAGCACCUUGUCGAGCGUGGCGCGGAGGCCAGCGGCGACGGCCUCGUGGCUCCUGGCGACGCCCAGCCACGCCUGGCCCUCCCCGGCCAGCUGCCGGAGCCGCUCCUCCAGAUCCGCGCCGCGGCGGCGGGCGCGCUCCAGCUCUGCCUCCGCGGCGCGGAGCCGAGCCUCCGUCGCGCGGCCCACGGCUGGCUCACGGUCCAGCAUCAUGGCAACGUAGAGCGGCAGCACAGCCGUGAGCACUGGUCGGGCGUGAAGAUGCGCUACCACCGGAUCCUCCCAAGAGUUUGUUUCUCUGCAGAGAACCCAUGGUCAUGCGACGAGCCACGGCUCAUCGACGAAAGCCGCUUCACUGCAAGUCUGCAACAUGCUCACCAUCCAGCAUUGUCGUCAUCUUGUACACAAUCCUAGCUCCUCUCCUCCUUCAGACUGUCUAGGCGCUGGAACGCAGUGAGUCUCCAACUGUGUGCCUCGCUGGCCUUCUUUAGUAAUCGGGCCUUCAAGAUUGCCAUGCAACAAACGCAAUGGAGCAGACAAGCAAGCCAAGGACAAUUAGCAACUUGAAGGUAUUGGACAUGCCAUCGUAGGUGUGUGCAUCAUGGCCCAGUCGCUAGCACGAGCCCAGACAGGUUAUUGUAGGAGAAGUCUAUGGCCGUAAGGCUCUGCAUUGCAGCAAUGGUUGCCGAUAUUUCUCCACCAAGGUGGUUCCGGGACAGGUUCAGGUAGUUGAGUAUUCGGCUAUUAAUGGUUAUUUCGACUGAGAUCCAGGUAGGUGAGCAAGCGGUACUUCCCAUCUCCGGCGACGCACCAGUGCCGGAAAUCGGCAAGAAGCUACCGGACAGGGAGCCGGUCGUCGGCGAUCCAGCGCAUCGGAUCGGGCGGCAGAGAAGGACUCGGGUCGUUUUGAAAAACGGGGUAGGCGAUCAUAGGGCCACCUCCUUCGUUACUGAGCUCCGGUUAUGGCUGAUGAUGCUCGACAGUGGUUAAAUCUGGCGAGAAGCACAAAAUACCAAAGUUGUGGGUGUUAUAAUACUAGAAAUGCAAUUGCUUGGUUCGGGAUAAUAAUUUUACGAAGCCUAGACAUGGGAUACCUCCGUUCCAAAAAAACUCUCAGAGACACCGUGUCCGUCGACGAACAAAGGAUUUACUGUGACGCAACGCACGCACCUCGACCCGCACCAGCGCGUCGACCUCCACGCCCUGGUGGUACAGCUACGACAGGACGCCACUGGCCAUCGGGCGGCUGGUGUUGGGGCUUGACGAGGACGACCGCCAUGAGGGCCUGUGCUGGACACCCAAGCAUGUCUCCAAGGCCUUCCGCGAUGGCACCCGAGGUACAGCGGUCCCACUGCUUCCAACUCUCCAAUUUCCCUCUCCCCUGACAUCGUGGAUCCGUCUGUAACUGUCGUCCCCGUGCUUUGUCUCUCUGUGGAAAAUGGUGUCUUCCUUCUUACUAUCUCGUUCUACACCCUCCACAUGCUUGCACGGUGUUUGGGUUGAUGUUCAUGUCAGUGUUAAUAUUCUAAGCAAUCACGCCUAUCUUAUAAGAUUAGUGACCACAAAUAUAUUCACUUUAAGUUCUUGUUGGUACA